AUCACUCAUCUCCUUCUUCCCCCAUUUUCCCAAUAAAUUAUUUCUAAAAAAACUGUAAUUUUUCUAGUAAUAUAUAAUUAGGGUUUGACCUUCGAUUUGUUCGAUCUCGGAAGCGAUUCAAUCGAUGGAACCCGAUUCUUGGACUCGAUUGUCUGCUGCGUCGAAGCGUCAUCAAUCUGCUCUUCAAUCGCGAUACGAUCUGUACCUAGGGUUUGAAGAAGUCGAUGGAGGCGAUGAGGAGCCUCGAGCGGAGUUCUUCGCUUGCCCGUUUUGUUCCGAGGAUUUCGAUAUCAUUGGGCUUUGUUGUCAUAUUGAUGAUGAACAUCCAGUUGAGGCGAAGAAUGGGGUAUGUCCCAUCUGUGCGGCAAGAGUUGGCAUGGACUUGGUUGCGCACAUGACGAUGCAGCAUGGAAACUUCUUCAAGAUGCAACGAAGGAGGAGAUUCCGUAGAGGUUCAGCUGGAUCCCAUUCUACACUUUCUUUAUUGAGAAAGGAACUUAGAGAAGGAAAUCUACAAGCUCUUCUCAGUGGGUCUACCUAUUCUGUUCCUCCUCCUAAUGCAGCACCUGAUCCUUUUCUGUCAUCAUUGAUCUACACUUCGCCGGUGGCUGACUCUUCAAGAGAUAUACAACCUGAGUCUCUGGAGGGGGAAUGCCUUGUUAGCAAGUGUUCAGAUGUGAAAGCGGUAGAAAGUGUGGAACCAUCUCUGUCUGAGACGGAGCAGAAGGAGAGAGCUUGCAGGAGCGAGUUCGUGCAGGGUCUCUUACUCUCCACGAUAUUUGAAAGUGAUAGCUCAUAAGGAGUAAGGUUUUCAAAAAUGCAGCGGUAGGGCAAUGGGAUCAUGCAAGCGAGAGCCUGAAACAAGGCCAGAAGACAGUCCACGGGACCGUUGUGUUCUGAGCUGCACCGUGGAACCUCAUCUUCUUACGAAUUUGGGGUUUCAUUUGGAAGUUGCAUGUGCAUAUGUUUUAUUUGAUGGGAGAUGAGAGAACAUGUUGUAUGUCUUUCUUAUGUUAUUUAAGGACGAAAUACUGCAAGAUAACUCUUCCUUUUUUUUAGUUUAUAAGUUGCGCGCGUUAACUAGUGUAUUUGGGACGCUCCUUGCCUUCCACCAGGGUUACCUGGUCCUGAAAUAAACUUUCUUCUUGUGUCU